CGGAAUGUCGAUGCGACCGCUUCGAUGUGUAGUCAGUUAUUGAUACAGUGCUAAACUCAGUAUAUUUUGUAAAGAUGUGAUGCCAAACGAGGAGAUGAACACUUGAAAAUGCGAACAGUUUAACACUGCAUCCAUGAGUGUGUGCAAUCAAAUGGGAAAUGGCCAUGGCAAGGCAGAGAAGAAAAAGAAAAAAGACCUUCUAAAGGAAGGCACUGGUCUUGUUGAUGACCAACCACGAGAGCAGUCAGAGUUGGAAAAUGGUGAUCUACAACAAAAAGGAUCAGAGCUGUUUCAACAGGACUGGUCAAGGAGAAGAGUUAUAGUGAAAGAUUUAGCAAGGCAAUGUGGUACAACAUCACAUGAUAGUGAUAAUGGUGAAUUGAAUGUUGACUGUCAAGGUGAUGGUGGAAAUGGUGAUGUACAACAAAAAGGACCAGAACUGUUUCACCAGGAACAGUCAAGGAGAAGAGAUGUGGCAAAAGAUUUAGCAAAGCAACAUGGUACAACAUCACAUGAUUGUAAUAAUGGUGAAUUGAAUGCUGACUGUCCAGGUGAUGCCGAAAAUGCAGGUAAUAUAAAUCAAGUUUCACCUAAUGAAGCCAUACAAGGUAAUGUAAGAUGUACUUUAUGGAAUGGAGAGGAUUCAGUUGGUGCCUUUGGCGACUCUAGUUUGAUGAGUGAUCAUGUCACAGGCAAUAAAUCUGAUAAGGUCUGUGGUAAUCAUGUCACAGGGGAACAAAACAAGACAACUGCUGAUCCUGAGCUAGUCAAGUCAGGUAUGAGCACUGGUGAUGCUACAGGAAAUGCUGUUGGUAAUGUUCCUGGUGAGGUUCUUGGUGCUGUUCCUAUUGACAACUCUAGGAAUACUCCUGUUGACGUCCGUACUAAUGUUAGUGAUGAUAUCCCUGGUGUUGUUCUUGUCAAUGUUCCUAGUAAUGUUUCUGAUAAUGUUGAAACUCCUGAAAAUAUUUCUGGUGUUUGUGCUCAAUCUGGCGUGGUGCCUAAACAUGCCUUGUGCCCAAGUCAAACUGUCCCAGGUAUGGUCUCAACUCAGAAGAAAACACCAAGUACAGGAGAUGACAUAACCAGUGAGCCAGAUGAGACAAGGGCUGAGCAUUUCUCCUCAAAUCAAUCCAUCCCACCAACUCUUCCAUCCAAGAUAGAAUCUGGUGCUCCAACACCAAUGCAGAUUGUCUCAGGUGUAGAAUAUACAAAGUCUACAAAAGAUGAUGAUACAGAAAACCUGAAAGUUACUGAUCAGCUAAUUUCAGAAGUGGUGACAGAUAACAGUCUAUUUCUGGAAAAACUUUCAAAGUAUUUGGAUCGUGAGAGUAGAGUUAUUAAGUGUUGGAAACACUUGGCAUAUGUUAUGGAUGUGCCACCUGAAGAAAGGAAUCAGUUUGACGUAUACACAGAACACAGCCCAACUGAGGACCUAUUCAACUAUCUUAGUGAUUUUUGGAAUCAAGAUUUGAAAGUAAUAGAGUUAAAGGGGAAACUCAAGCUCAUACACCGCAAUGAUGUGAUCGCUGACAUAGAAAAAGGUGGAUUCAAAGAUGCCAUGAAAGUGAGUGACCUCAUUUCUGGGGAGCCAAAGUUCAUUAAGUUACUCUCGCCCAAACUUGACAUGGAAUCUAGAACAAUUGGUAACUGGAGGUCACUGGCAACAGAGUUUGGCAUCAGAAAACAGAAGACAGAGCAGUUCGGAUUGCGUGGUUCUGGACCAACGGGGGCACUGUUUACGUACAUGCGAACAGCAGAGGGGCUUCAUGAUUUGACUAUGGAUCAACUGCGAAGUUACUUUCAAGGAAUGGAGAGGAAGGAUCUGGUUAAUUUGCUGGACAAACAAGACAUUCAAGGAUCAUGGUUGAUAAAAAAUGUACUUGUGGAUGGCUCAGAACUCCUUGCAGAUAUUGGAGAACGUCUCAACAAAGAGAUCAGAGCUGUCAAGAACUGGCGUAAUCUGGCAUACAGACUGAAGAUCCCUCCCGAGACCUACAGUGCAUUUGACACUUCUAAAGAAAAAGCAAAGAGUCCCACCAAGAUGAUGUUUCAGUGGCUUGCUAAAUGGAAGCCUGAUCUAAACAUAGGUGAUUUACUCAAAAGCAUCAAAGCAAUUGAUCGCUUUGAUGUGGUGGAGAUAGUAACUAAGGAAGCUGAUGCUGCUCUGGAAAAACUCAAGAAGGAUAUUAAAGAAGCUUCCAAGCAGCAGUGUGCCUCUGUAGAUGGUUCAACUGAGCAGCCCACAGCCCAUCAAGCCUUACAUGACCUUCAGCAAAUGCACCAAGAUGCAGACCAGAGGAAAGUCAAGACAUUUGAUUUUCAUUCCAAUCUGAAAAUGAAUGCUCUUGAAAAGGGCUUCAGGAUUUCUGACAACCCAGGACAAGGAGAUUGUAUGUUUUAUGCAUUGUCAGAACAGCUGAACUUUGCAAAAGGAAUCCAACAUUCAGCUGCAGAAUUAAGACAAGAAAUAGUCCAGUACCUUCAGCAAUACCCUAAGCUGCCAGAUGGAACAGAUCUUUUUAACUUCACUCAUGGACAUCCUUCAUGGACUUCCUACUUGGAAAAGAUGGCAAAAGAUGGCACUUGGGGUGAUAAUGUGGUUCUUUUGGCUGCAGCAAAUCGUUUCAAUACUCCCAUUCGUGUAAUAAGCAGUCUGCCAAGCCAUGAAGACAUCAUCAUCAAUCCACAAUCUCAAGUGUGUCAUGGUGCUGGCACACUUGUGCUGGGACAUGUUCAUGAAGAACACUACGUUAGCCUUCUACCCUUAAGAGUUUUAGGAAACCCCCCCGUACUGCAGAGAAAUGGACAGCAUAGGCUAUAUGGCCAGCAACUACAAGGAUACCAACAACAACAACAACGACAGGGAGACUACCAAUCACAGGGUUACCAAAAAAUGCAGCUUUACCAGCAACGACUGAGAGACCAAGAACUGCAACAACGAAGGGGAUACCAGCAACCACAGGAUAACCAGCAACGCCAAGGAUACCUGCACCAUCCCAGUGUCCAGCAACUACAUGAACAGCGACCCCCGUUGCCCAGAGAUCUCAGAAUUAAAAUUAAAGUGUUGGACCUGCCUAAAAGAGUUUACUCCAAAAUCUGCUUGAAGCUCAACAUCAAGCGUGAUAUAUCUUUCGAUGAUUUUCGGAUGUUGGCCGAAGAGCUUGAUAUGGACAGAGAUAAAACAGCAUAUGCUGGUCAGCAGAUAAAUCCAACUGAUUUUAUUUUCUCGGAAUAUAACCCAAACGUCACUGUGGGUGAGCUUGUCACAAUUCUUGAUAAAAUUGAGAGGUUUGACGUGGCAGCAGUACUGAAGGAUUGGAUUCAGCAAGGAAGUACCUAAUAUCGUGUUCUGGGUAGUGUGUCUGUGUGGUACCAGCUGUGCUGGACUGUACACGACAAGCAUUCAAAAAAUGGAACGACUGGCUUCAAACAGAAAUUUCUUUACAAUGGUGCUUUGCUGUCACAAAUAGGCAGAACACUAACUGAAUAAUGCUAAUGUGGAAAUGUGGAAAUAUCGCUUGUGUUUGUCUAUUGUCUUUAUUGUUCACCACUAAAUUUUCUUCCGCGCGCCAGUUCAAAAAUCAUAUUGAAUUAUUUUCA